GCGUCGCCACGGCGGUGUCAUGGCGGACGGGGAGCGCUCGCCGCUGCUACCGGCUGAGGCGGGGCCGGGCCCGGGGGCGGGGGGAGGCCCGGGAGGGACCGCGGCCGGGGGCGCGGUGGGGGCGGGGCCACCGGCUGUACUUCCGGGCGAGGCCCCGCCCCCUUACUCCCCAUUGGGCAGCCCGGAGGGCGGGGCGGGGCCGGCGGUCACGUGCCGCGUGUGCCAGCGGCCAAUCAGCGUGGAGGGCAAAACCCACCAGCACGUGGUGAAGUGCGGGGGCUGCGGGGAGGCCACGCCCAUCCGCACGGCGCCGGGCGGGAAGAAGUACGUGCGCUGCCCCUGCAACUGCCUGCUGGUCUGCAAGGCCUCGUCCCAGCGCAUCGCCUGCCCCCGGCCUUACUGUAAGCGCAUCAUCAACCUGGGCCCCGUCCAGGCGGGGGCUCCCAGCCCCGACCCCCCCCCCGGGGGCGUCCGCGUCGCCUGUGGGCACUGCGGGGGCCCCUUCCUGUGGGCGGAGCUCACCGACCGCACCCUGGCCCGCUGCCCCCACUGCCGCAAGGUGUCCGCCAUUGGCCGGCGGUUUCCGCGGCGACGCUGCCUCUGCUGCCUCCUGCUGGCGCUGCUGAUGGCCGGGGCCGCCGCGGGGCUGGCGGUGUGCACGUGGGGGGCGGCGCGGCGGUUCCGGUCGCUGCACGCGGGGUGGGCGGUGCUGGGGGCGGGGGCGGGGGCGUGUCUGCUGCGAGCGGCCUAUUGGGGCUGCGUGCGCGUCAGCCAGCCCCUCCCCCCCCGCGCCUGAGCCCCACCCGGAGCCGCCAUCUUGGGAUACGAGGGCUGGCGGCCAUCUUGGAGCAGUCCGCUUUCCGGCGCGGCGGCCGUCUUGGAUCAGCCCGGCGCGGUGUGGUGGCCAUC